AAAGAAAGUCUUUUGAAACACUGCAAGGCAACUUGACCAACAACUGCCUUCAGGUGUCAGACCCAGUAUAUCCUUCUGGGGGACUGGGGAGACACUGGACAAGGAGGGAGGCUGUGAAGGUCACAGCUGAAAGCAGUGGAUGCUUCAGCCUAUCAUUAAUGAUUAAUAAUUCAAGUCCUGGAGUGACACAGAAUACUGAGCAGUCUGGCAAGAGGUAAGAGAAGCUUGCCCAGAGGAAACACAGAAAGGCCUACCUCUGGCACUACUUUGAAACGCUAAUUACCCAGAAAGAAAAAAACCACAAUGGCCACAGUGGUAGAGCUGAGCCCUACAAGUGAGCAGAGUGAGUUCGCCCUAGGUACGCCAGUGAACAAGAAGACCCCUGCCCUGAAAGUCCCGAGUUUAUGUUCCAUGCGCUAUGGAAUUGCCUUCGUCACACACUUCUGCAACUUCACACUGAUGGCGCAGAAUUGUACCAUAAGCAUCACCAUGGUAGCCAUGGUCAACAACACCGACCACCCACCCCACCUCAAUAGCUCUACUGAACAGCUUCCUGCUGGUUUAAAUGGUGAUCACCAUGAAGCCUCAAAGCAUCUUUCUACAAAGGCCCCUGUGUAUAACUGGAGUCCUCAAACCCAAGGAAUCAUCUUCAGCUCUGUCCAGUAUGGCAUGAUGCUGAUGCAAGGUCCUGGCGGAUACUUGGCAGGAAAAAUAGGAACAAAGAAAGUGGUUGGAAUUGCUCUGCUUGGAUCUUCACUGCUCACUCUCUGCAUCCCACUGGCUGCCAAUCUUGGACUAGUUUUUCUCCUGGCAACUCGAGCAGUUCAGGGCUUAAUGCAGGGCACUGGAUAUGGGGGACAGUUUGCACUCUGGCAGAGAUGGGCUCCUCCGAAUGAACGCAGCCGACUCUGCAGUAUUGCUAUGUCAGGAAUGACAUUGGGAGUCUUUACUGUCCUCCUUGUGGGCGGCAUCAUUAGUGAAGCCCUUGGGUGGCCCUUUGUCUUCUAUAUUUUUGGAGGUACUGGUGUGCUCUGCUGCCUUCUCUGGUUCAUUCUGAUUUAUGAUGACCCUGUCUCUCACCCAUGGAUAAGUGGCCCAGAAAGGGAAUAUAUUUUAUCCUCUCUGAACCAACAGUUCAGCUCAGAAGAGCAGCCACUUCCCAUCAAAGCUAUGCUCAAAUCUCUGCCUCUCUGGUCCAUGUGUCUUUGCAGUAUGACCCAUCAGUGGCUUGUUAACACCUUUAUAAUAUACACUCCAACCUACAUCAGUUCUGUAUUCAAAGUUAACAUCAGAGACAAUGGGUUCCUGUCUUCUCUUCCCUUUUUUGUUGCCUGGGUCCUUGGUAUCCUGGGAGGACAGCUGGCAGAUUUUCUACUGAGCAAGAAUUUUAGGCUCGUAACUGUGAGAAAAUUCAUCACAAUUUUAGGAAAUACUCCAUCUGCAGCCCUCAUUGCAGCUCUGCCUUAUGUCCAAUCCAGCUAUAUUACAACAAUUAUAUUUUUGACACUUUCCUGUGGAAUAUGCCCUCUAUGUCAGGCAGGAGUCUAUAUUAAUGCAUUAGACAUUGCUCCAAGGUAUGCCAGCCUUCUCAUGGGAACAUCAAGAGGAUUGGGACAUUCAUCGGCUGUGGUGGUACCCAUUGUUGCUGGCUUUUUCCUCAACCAGGACUCUGAAUUCGGGUGGAGGAAUUUCUUUUUUGUACUGUUUGUGGUUAACCUACUUGGCUUAAUCAUCUACCUCAUGUUUGGGAAAGCAGAUGUUCAAGAAUGGGCUAGAGAGAGGAAGCUCACUCGUUUGUGAAGCUGUCCUACUUGCAGUAAAGAAGUCAUUACAUAUGCUGGUCCCUAUGUGGGAAGACUUUCAUGAAAAAUGAUGUCAUGUGUUUCCCCCCUUUCAUCCAGACUUUUUUUUUGAAGAAAAUAUGAGAGGAAUAAAACAUCAAGUAAAAUGAUAAGAAGGGACCAGGUUGUCAUCUUUGAAUCAAGAAUUUGGUGCUGACAUGGCUGUUUCAAUUCUUUAAGGGACCAAAGUUUAUGGUCCCUUGCUCCCAAGUGGUAAUCUUUACUAGAGCCAUUAUUUAUUUUCUAUUUGUCAGGUUGAAUAUUCAUUUCUCGUUAUGCCUGUGGUACUAGAAGCAGAGCAAGCAGUCUUUGACUGGCUAGCCUGCAGUUUCUAUUUCCUGGGUUGGCACUGACACGUGUUCCACACAUGGCUCAUUCUUUUUCACUGUGCUCAGGCUACUGGAGGGUGAGUUGCAUGUCCUGCAUCCACACUCCCUGUCUACUGGCUUCUGCCAGAUUUUUGAUGGAGAAAUGAAAAUGUAGUCUGAAGAACUUAGCACAGAGGGCCACUGCAGUCCCCGGCCCUGAGAGGCAACCCCCUUGUGUGUUCUGGUGACUUCUUCCCUCUAUUUGUUAUUUUUGUCUUCACUUGUGCCAUCUCUGUUAUUCUCUAGAACCUGUUAUGGUUUUCUUGCCCUAUGCCUGAUCCUGUGCAAAUUAUUUCUUUCCACUGUCCUGAAACUGCCCAGUGUGGCUGUCAUCUCUCUUCUGUGAGAUAUGCCUAAUUUAUGGUAAAAAUCACCUGUAAGGAUCAAAAAUAAAACUGACUUAGUAUUUUUGUAAAGUAAUGGUUUGUAGGUAUCUGUGGGUCACACCAAGUUCAGAGACCCGGGACAGCAUUGAGAACUGUUCCCCAUGCUGACCUUUACUGUCUAUGACAGAGAUUACUGUCCUCAAAUCAUAUCCUACGGAGGUGGUGUAAUACAUUCUGAGUACAGAUCAGGGCAAGAUUAGAGAGGCCAACCAUGAACAAACACAGCAAUGAUUGUGAUCUUGGUAUGAGCUCAGGUCUGUCUGUUGGAACACUAGAGUAAGUUAAAUACAGGUUUCCUUCUAUUGUGCAGAAUUGGGUAUAGUAGCAAAGGGACACACAUGCGACACAGAUGAAGAUUUGCCAUCCCGUGCAGAAAACACAGAGAAGGUCUCAUGUGCGAAGCAAUUCCAGGGGUACAUAUUAAAUGGGCAGCCCUACUUCUACAAAAGCCUAAAAGCAGGAAACAGGAUGCAUUCUAAAGGGAGUCCCCUAUCUGCAUAUUCAUAGAAAAGCACAAAGCACAAAAUCAGAGGAAGAUGUGUGGCUAAUGCAUGUAGUGUUCCUGUGUUAUGGGAGUUUGAGAACAUUAUAUAAGCAGUGAAGUAGAGCUCAUAGCAAUAGCUACAUGGACAGAUCUUUCUAGAUGGAGCAUUUUUCCUAUAAUUUCAGAAUUAGGAUGACACGUCAAAUGAUCAUCUGCAUGCUGGUUUUUAAAACAGCAGUACUAGGGACUGGAAUAAGGCAGGACAUGUUGAAA